AGAGGAAUGGAGCGAUUCCUGCGACUCGGAGGUCUUGGUGGAAACCUUGGAACGUUCGGAGCCAAUCCACAGGACUCGAAUCAAGUCGACACCUCGGAAACCGUCUACAUUUCUUCGCUGGCGUUGCUGAAGAUGCUCAAACACGGAAGAGCCGGAGUUCCCAUGGAAGUGAUGGGGCUGAUGCUUGGAGAAUUCGUCGACGACUACACCGUCAAUGUGAUCGACGUUUUCGCUAUGCCACAGUCUGGAACCGGAGUCUCAGUCGAAGCGGUCGAUCCAGUAUUCCAGGCGAAGAUGCUCGACAUGCUCAAACAGACCGGAAGACCCGAGAUGGUCGUCGGAUGGUACCAUUCCCAUCCAGGAUUCGGAUGUUGGCUCUCCGGCGUCGACAUCAACACUCAGCAGUCGUUUGAAGCGCUUUCCGACAGAGCUGUCGCCGUUGUCGUCGACCCGAUUCAAUCUGUGAAGGGAAAGGUUGUGAUCGACGCGUUCCGUACGAUCAACCCACAAUCGAUGGCUUUAAAUCAAGAACCACGUCAAACUACCAGUAAUUUGGGUCAUUUGCAGAAGCCGAGCAUUCAGGCCCUAAUCCACGGACUCAAUCGUCACUACUACUCCAUCCCAAUCGCCUACAGAACCCACGACCUUGAACAGAAGAUGCUCUUGAAUCUUAACAAGCUCUCAUGGAUGGACGCAGUCAGCGUCGAAAACUACUCAAAAUGCGGUGAACAGAACAAGGAGCACCUCAAGGCGAUGCUCAAGCUCGCCAAGAACUACAAGAAGGCGUUGGAGGACGAGAAGAACAUGACGGAUCAGGAGCUCGCGAUCAAGAACGUCGGAAAGAUGGAUCCGAAGCGGCAUAUUGCUGAUGAAGUGAGCAAGAUGCUCAACGACAAUAUUGUGCAAAGUUUGGCCGGUAUGAUGGCGACGACUUCAUUGCAAUAAUUUUUAAAUCAAUACUCAUUUGCUUAUUUUUUUAUUAUUUUCUCAAAAAUUCCCAAUUUCCUCGUUCUCUCCCCGUCUUUUUGUGUAUUUUUCCCCAUAAUUUAUUUUGAAAUCAUCCCAGUUCGGUGUUGGAAAACAUGAAUCUUCCCCGCCUU